CCGAAUCGCUGUUAUCUAAGCAGGUUAAACCUUUCAAGGCUGCGUUGGGGCUACAUAAGGAGAUUUGCUAAAGCUUGAUUUUCAGUGAACCUCUCAACUCGACACCAUGAAGACCCUCCACACUGUCUUCCUGCUUGUUUUUGGCAUUACUGUUGCCCAGGCUCUUGACUACAAGGCGCUGUGGCAGUUCAGGUCUAUGAUCAUCUGCGUCAAGCCCAAUAGCUGGCCAGCCCUAGACUACGCAGAUUAUGGCUGCUACUGUGGUUAUGGUGGGUCAGGGACCCCGGUGGAUGAGCUGGACAGAUGCUGUCAGGUACAUGACAAGUGCUACAGUGAUGCCAUGCAACAUGAAGCAUGCUGGCCAAUCAUAGACAAUCCGUACACUGAGAUCUAUGCCUAUAGCUGUGAUAAAGACACUAAGACUAUCACCUGCAAGAGCAACAACAAUGAAUGCGAGAUGUUCAUCUGCGAGUGCGACCGGAAGGCUGCCGAGUGCUUUGCUGUGUCUCAGUACCAUGAAGAUAACAAGAAUGUGUCCAGUGAUCGCUGCAAAUAAUUUAUAAAUGACGUACACACUAUACCACCAUACCGUAGAGCUAGCUAGUAUUUGCAUUAAACAGUUAGCCAUUAUAUGAUGAGUAUGACAUAAAAAAACUGUCUCAGUAAUUAUUUUAUGUCCACUCAAGCAAUAAACAGCUUAUGAUAAAAAGCA